UUUCCAUAGCCUUCCUCAACGCCCACGCACAUAACCGGAAAACCUUUCUUCUCUAUUCAGCGCCGCCGAAAACGCUUCCUAUUCCUCUAUUCACACCGAGAAAUUCUAAAUCUCCGUUCAUCCUCAGUUCGAACAAGGUUUUCAGAGAUGGAGGAAGAUGGGUCUCCGCAGACCUUCAAAACUCUUGGUUUGAAGGAAGAGUUGGUGGAAUCUUGUGAGAUUUUGGGGUGGAAAGCCCCUACAAAGAUCCAAAUUGAGGCAAUUCCCUUUGCUCUUGAAGGCAAAGAUGUUAUUGGAUUGGCACAAACAGGGUCUGGCAAGACAGGAGCUUUUGCAUUGCCAAUUCUUCAAGCUUUGUUGGACGCUCCACAAAGAUUAUUUGCUUGUGUACUUUCACCUACUAGGGAAUUGGCAAUUCAGAUUUCUGAACAAUUUGAAGCUUUAGGAUCUGUCAUUGGAGUGAAAUGCACUGUGUUAGUGGGAGGUGUUGACAUGACACAACAAGCAAUUUCUCUUGGAAAGCGCCCACAUAUUGUGGUGGGCACACCAGGGCGUCUCUUGGAUCAUUUGACCAAUACAAAAGGUUUUAGCCUUCGCACAAUAAAGUAUCUGGUCCUUGAUGAGGCUGAUAGGUUACUCAACUUGGAAUUUGAGAAAGCUAUUGAUGAUAUCUUGAAGGUUAUUCCUUCUGAAAGGAAUACAUUUCUAUUUUCAGCUACGAUGACCAAAAAGGUCAGUAAACUUCAACGAGCUUGUUUAAGGCAUCCCGUGAAGAUAGAAGCUGAUACCAAAUAUUCCACGGUGGAUACCCUUAAUCAACAGUAUUGCUUUAUUCCUGCAAAGCAUAAGGAUUGCUAUCUUGUCUACAUUCUUAAUGAGAAGCAGAAUUUUACAACAAUGGUAUUCACUCGAACCUGUGAAUCAACCCGGCUUCUGUCCCUGCUUCUUCGAAAUAUAGGGAUGAGAGCAAUCCCUAUUAGUGGUCAAAUGAGCCAGGACAAGAGGCUGGGGGCUCUAAACAGAUUCAAAGCGGGUGAUUGUAACAUCCUGAUAUGCACAGAUGUGGCUAGUAGGGGCCUUGACAUCCCUUCAGUUGAUAUGGUUAUCAAUUAUAAUAUACCAACAAAUUCGAAGGACUAUGUUCAUCGUGUGGGUAGAACUGCACGUGCUGGGCGUUCUGGAAUGGCCAUAUCAUUAGUAAACCAGUAUGAAGUGGCAUGGUAUAUGCAGAUAGAGCAGCUUAUUGGCAAAAAGCUACCAAAGUACCCAGCUGAGGAAGCUGAAGUUCUUGUGUUCUUUGAACGUACUUCAGAUGCGAAGAGGAUUGCUCUUGCGAAAAUUAAGGAAAGUAAUGGCAAUAAGAAGAGAAAGAAAGGAGGAGAUGAUGAUGAUGAUGAUAAUGAAGCCGAGGGAUUUGCUGUAAAUACCAAGAAAUCAUUCAGGAAAUCAAAGAGACGAUAAUGAAGCAGAUCCUGUCACAUGGGCUGUCAUCUUACCGUCAGCAUGUACUUGUUGAAUUUCAUCAACUGAAGAUGAAAAAAGUUUCUGUAUGGAUUUGAAGGGGAAUUCAUUCUAUUUAUCUGAUUUUGCUAAAUUGCAGUGUAGGUUUCAUGUUUAAAUGAUUUGCAGGUCCUAGCUUCUGUACAGGACACCGCUUAUACUUAUUAUUUUUUGGUCUUUUUUACUAUGUUCUUGUAAGGCAAUUCUGUUUGUCUUUUUUUUCCCCUGCCACAACGAAACUAAAA